AAUUCGCGUGGUGAAAGAUUGUCUGUUGUGUUCCGUGCAUUUUUUUGGAUUAUUUAUCGAAAUAUAAUGGUAAAUAUUCAUAGAAAUAUAUAAACGGGUUCGGUACGUUUUGUAUAUCAUAACUUAUAAGUUGUAUUGGAAAGAAAUCUCUUAGUUUCGCAUUAAAUUUGAAAUAAUUUGACGUAGAUUGACAUAUCGUUUCGCAAGUAGUUUCCACGGAGAGGUGUUUUAUUUGUGUACGUAUAUUAGCGUGGAAAAUAUCGGCGAGGAUUGUUUUUCGUGGUGAUAUAAGUGAAAAGUGUUGUUUGUGUCUGACGGAGUUUAAAUUCCGUAGUUAUAGUGUAAUCGAUAAGUGCGUGAUGUGUACUUAGUGCUAACGAUAUCCAACUUUGUUUGCUCAGUUCGUGCGAAAUUUGUGAGGAAUUGGAUGUUUGUUUGCAGUGCCUGGUCUGUGUGAGCCAUGCUGGCUCGUAGUUUGUACCGUUGUGUCGUCGUUUUUCGGCAGGGCGUGAAAGCAGCUAGGACUCAAGGGUUUUCUUCAUAAUGGCGAUUUCAAAUCCGCGGCAGUACCGCAUCGCCGCCCACGAUGUUGCGUCCGGAGUCCCCUCUCGCUGACCACCGCAGCCUCCUUCCCCGGAGACUGCUCCCGGUCAAGGCGCAGAUCGCCCCCGCAUCAGACAACAAGCGCAAGAACCGCCGCUCCCUCGAACUCAACGAAAACGCCCCCUACGACUACCCCAAACUCCUCAUCUCCAAAACGACAGACUCCCUCAAUACAGAAUGCCCUCGCAAACUCAUCCACAAACAAGACUCCACCGACAGCCUCAAACGCUCCCUCUUAACCAAGGAUGAGAAAAAAGUCGCCAUCAAAGAUACAGAGAAGAAACAAGUCGCGAAGCAAGACUCCAACGAGAGUCUGAAAAAAGCUUUGCUGUGUCGGCAGGAGUCCAAUGAAAGUGCAAAGAGAAAGGAGACCGACCCGAAAUGGGUUAAAGAGGAAGUCAAAAGAGGUAACGAUAAGAAGGGGUUGUUAGAAACGGAUAUAGACGAAUCUUGUAAGAGGAUAUACGAAAGGAGGACGGGAUGUGCUCGACCUACUUUGCCUCCUGUAGCAGAAAAGACCCUUGGGUCACCUCCGAAGUCUCCGAGUGGGAGUCCUAUAACCCCUGGAGUGGCUGCUGUAGCGGAGGGCGUGGUGCGAUGGGGCAGUGGUCUUCUGUCGCCCAGGGAAGAACCACGGUUAAGGCCUGCAAGGAGUUGGUAUGGUUAUGGAACUCUGCCGACUGAUAAUGAAAAGGUGGGAGCGGGCGCAAACGGCCCAGGAGGGCGUAGGGCUUUAGAAUUAAUCCUCAGCGGAGGCCUAAAAUCCCUCGCGCGGCCUGCGAAGCCCGUGCGCAGGGCCGCGUCACGGGACUCCGUGCUGUCACAACCGCAGCCUUUGCUUGAAGGUCUGCGGAAGUGCUCGACAGUUCUGGCGUUAACUGACCGCGAGAAGGUAUCAGAGCCAAUACGAGCCCACAACCGGCUGCGAGCUCCGUCUGUCUGCUCGCGCUGCUCCUCACUGCUGUCUCUUGCUGGCGCGGGGGGCUCCCGGUACUCCCUUGACAAUGCUGGGGGCUUCGUGCCGGCCGCGCCGGUGAACUGCAAGCUGUGUCUCGAGGACGCCCCCUCCGACAAGGUCACUGUCAUCUCCGGUUGUGGCUGCGCGUUCUGUACUAAGUGUAUGGCAGCGUACGUAGAGUUCGAGGUAUGCAACGGCGCGUACGAGGUGUCGUGCCCGGACGCGCGGUGCCGCGUGGGCGCUGCGCUUGCGCUGCACGAGAUCGCCGCGCUGCUCGACCCGCCGCUCAUGGAGAAACACCUCAAGUUCCGACUCAACCAUGAAGUGGCGAUGGACUCCGGUCGCGCGUUCUGCCCACGCGCAGGCUGCGACACGGUGGUGCAGGUCCGCGCAGCUAGUCCUGCGCACUGCCCAACCUGCCGGCAUGACUUCUGUUCGCAGUGUAACCAGGAGUGGCACGGGGGCCUAACCUGCGAGGCGGCAGCUGCGUCUUCAUCGAUGGGCGGCGCCGGCGCACCUCUCCUACCGGACUCGGAGCUCAUCAAACUGUGCCCCAUGUGCCGCGUGCCCAUCGAGAAGGACGAAGGAUGCGCUCAGAUGAUGUGCAAGCGCUGCAAACACGUCUUCUGCUGGUAUUGCCUCGCGUCGCUUGAUGACGACUUUCUACUGAGACACUACGACAAAGGGCCGUGCAAGAACAAACUGGGACACUCGCGCGCAUCGGUGCUAUGGCAUCGCGCACAGGUGGUAGGCAUCUUCGCAGGCUUCGGUCUGUUACUCCUGGUGGCCAGCCCUCUGUUGCUGCUCGCCGCGCCGUGCAUCGUCUGCUGCAAGUGCAGACUAUGCAACCCUAGUACGAAAAACCUUGAGGAAGUGGACGAGAUUGAGAGCAUCUACCCUGAUAGAGAAGACGACGGCGAUGACUCACGGUCACGCUACCUCGCCGACUGACGCCCCCGGUACUGAAUACCGGUACCGAACUCUACCGGUACCGAUUCAUACCGGUACUGAAUACUACCGGUACCCAAGACAUUGCAGGCUACCAGUACUAAAUGUUAGACGGUAAAUAGUAAUACCGGUACCAAACUAUACCGGUAUCAACUAGCGUACCGGUACUCAAUGUUAGAUACGUCUUACCGGUAAUAAAUAUGUUAUUGGCACAGCGCGUCUAAUAUAAGUCGAUAGAAAAUAUAUGGGAGCAUAUGUGUGUGCGCAUUGCCAUUAUUUAAUCAACGUGUUGUAGAUGUACUAUCGGUCAAAUGAGACGGUUACCGGUACUGGGGACUUGCGGUGCUGUAAUGCAAAAUGUCCUGGUAAUAAACUUUUUGAAUUACGAAAUAUUACAUUUUCACUUAAUAUUGUAACCAACUUAUUACAAAUACAGAAAAAAAAAAACAAAUAUUAUUAUAGCAUUUAGUUUACCGGUACUGAACUUACAACAAUACUAUGAGUCGGUAUUACCGGUAACGCAAAUACCGGUAGAAAAUACUGUCACAUUGUAAAAUGCUAGUAAUAAAUAUGUCACGAUACUAGAUGUUACCGGUAGUACUGUAUUAAAUACCGGUACAAAAUGGCCGACAAGUGUGUACGGUCACGAGCAUUAAUAUGUAUGUAUACACUUUGGUACCAUGUCACAUUAACUUUUUUGACAAAUUGAACUGUAAGUCUCACUAAAUGUCAAAUAUGUUAGUGCGACAGAAUCCUAAAGUGGGUACAUUAUACUGCUCAUGACUGUACUAUACUUGGUAGGGUCUAGAUGCAUGGAAAAAGAAGUCGGACGUCUUUUAAAAUGUACAAGAAAAUAACACAAUUGACAAAAUAGUUACAACUAUUGCGUACGUUAAUGCUUAAGACCUUAAUGAUAUAUGACUAGGAAAAGACCAAAUAAUGCCAAAAUACCAACAAAGAUCUUGAAAUGGCAUUUAAUUAUUGAAGCUGUACGAUGAAUCGAUCAUAUUUAUUUGCUAAGCACACCACGGAAGGCGAAUCGCUGUAGAAUAAUAUAAAGCUCAUUUAUUUAAAAAAAAAAUGGCCAAAAUGUAUCGGUCUUAAAAUGGAAGGAUUAUGUGCGAGAAUUGUCGAUAUUUAGACUUAGACCAACUUAUAGAAACAGAAUCGGCUUUAAGCAUGGGGGGGGGGGGGGUUAUAAAGGCCGCGGGUCUGUAACUUUAGCUCGAAUGUCAGUAGUUCGAUGAAUGCUUAUUCGACUGAAAUAUUUUUCGAAUUAUGUUUUUAACGAACGAUCAUUCUUCCGAGUCAACUUUGUAUCGAACCCAUCCUUUACCGACGAACGGUUGACCGAAGCAUUCAUCGAACAACUCACAUUUCGAAUUUCCCGUUGUUUCCAGUUGACCCAAAGGCCGCAUGGAAUCAAUCCAUCUUGACAUAUGUAUAAAAUUAAGUGUGCAAUGUCAACUAAUGUCAAAUAGCAACUUUGCUUUUUUUAAAUUAAUUCCUAGAAUGUGACCCUUUUAAACCCCCCAGGUUACACUUUAUUAGGGGAUAAGAACCUAUUUGUGUAUAAUUGUUUAAGGUUGAUUUUAAUUUGUCGAUUGGUCUGGGAAUGGUCUAACUUGGUACUUGCUCUGGAAAACGUCAAAGUCAUCAGUAACUCAAAUAUUUGAACGUUGGCAAUAUUUAGUACUAGUUUACAGACCGGGACUCGCGUGGAUUUCGGUAACUGCUUCGGAUGCCAUACGGUAUGUUUAUU